AUGAGUCAGGGAAUUGUUCUGAACUACGAAUAUAUUGGCUCACAUAUCAAAAAAUAUAUUGAAGAGAAUAAUCUCUUUAGCACAUUCGAAGUAGAAGAUAUCAAAUCAAUCAUGAAAUUCGCGAAUUUAACACCUGAUGACUUCAAUUCUCUUCUUGCGCAAUCUCAUUCUGUAAUUUCAGCACGAAAAUUGUUUACCUGCACUCAAAACGCAAAUAUUUCAAUAAACAACUUACAAGAUGCCGUUUCAACACUUAAAUCAGUUCAAAAGUACAUGAAGAUGCGAAUAUUCAAAGGAAUUAUUGGCAUUUUAGAACAAUUACAAAAGGAUCAAUCCAUUACAACAAAUAAAAUCGAAAAACUUCAAGCAGAUUUAAAUCGGAUUCAAAAAGAAAAAGAAAACGUUGAGAAAAAAAUGCAAAUUCUUCACUCUCAACUCAAAGAGAAAGAAGAAAACGAAUUCCCAAAAGAAUUUCUUUCGAAAAUUUCCGAACUUAAAAAUUCUAAAGAUUGCUUAACAAUCUACUACUUCUUUGACGAAAUUUCAAAAAAAGGAAAUCAAAAAAUGAUGCAAAAAGCAUGCCAAGAAGAACUUUGGAAAAAACAAGAAGAUAGAUAUGAUGGUAAAAAUGUACUUCAUUAUGCAUCUUAUGAAGGAAAUCUGAGACUUGUUAAAUCUCUCAUUAAAUGUGGCUGUGACAAAGAAAUCAAGAGCAGAAGAGGUUUUACGGCUCUAUACUGUGCAUCAGAAUUGGGCCGUCUUGAAGUCAUUAAAUAUCUUAUCUCAGUUGGAUGUAAUAAAGAACCAAAGACUUCUAAUGGAUAUACUCCACUCAUAUGGGCAUCAAUAAAUUGUCAACUUGAUACUGUUAAAUAUUUUAUCUCCAUGGGAGCUGAUAAAGAAGCAACCACUAGUGAAGGAUAUACUCCACUCAUUUUUGCAUCAGAAUAUGGCCGUCUUGAAGUUGUUAAAUAUCUUAUCUCAAUUGGAGCUAAUAAAGAAGCAAAGACUAAUGAUGGAUCUACUUCACUCUUUAAAGCAUCACAAUGGGGCCAUCUUGAGGUUGUUAAAUAUCUUAUCUCAGUCGGAGCUAAUAAAGAAGCAAAGACUAAUAAAGGAUAUACAGUACUUGAUACUACGCAUGAAGAAGUAAAAGAAUAUUUAUUAUCAAUUGCAAGAAAAUAA